CAAACUCUGUUUCGCAAAACUAUGAAAAUUUAAGUACUAAUAAAAGUAAAUGCAUUAGUUGAUAUUUAAUUAUAUGGAAGCAUCGGAGUAAUUCCAUAAUACUGAGCUGUGUCAAUUCGUAAAUUAUUGUUGUUAAUAAUAUGUUAAUAGUACAUCGCAAUGCUCUUAAAAUCUAAGUUGAAAAAAAUAUAAAUUUUGGCGGAUUAUACUGUCAUUUAAAAUGGGGGACCGUGACAACCCAACCGUACCUGUAACAACAUUAGCUGGUUUAACCAGCACUUCGGAUUUGCUAAGCGAGCUACCAGUGGCGGAUUCGCUGCAGAGUGCAGCGUCAUUAAAUAAAUCUUUAUUGUUUCACGCUUUGGUAGCAAAGGAGUCAAACAAUUUACUUUCAAUGCGAAAUGAAAAUCUAGUUCGACAGUUGGUAACUGCCAUUGAGAGGACAAACUCUGAUAAUAUAGAGUUAAUACAUUGCCCAGUUGAAGACGCAGCUACUAACUGUAGUACUUAUCCCGAGCUUCUACAGGGAAUGUAUCAUUUUAGACCUGCGGUCUUCAACACUUCCAUCAAAAUAAGCUCUCCGAUCCAACAUACGGCUAAUGUUCGAUUCGAGGCAAGGAAAAUGGAAAUUGAUUCCUAUUCAAUGCCGGAAUGUUAUACAUCACCAACAAAUUUGUCGAUUUCAAGUGAAGAUCGAUUGCAAGACCCUGAAGAAUGUAUCAAUCAGCUAACUAGUAUGACCUCAAAUGAAAUUUUAGAAGAAUUUUCCCAAAUAAAUUUUAAGGAAAAUCCAACAGAAAAAAAAAAAAUCGAUGACGUAUUUAAAAACUCAGAUUUAAAUGCGACUAAGAUACUUACACCAAAUAUUCAAAAAAAAAAGUCUAAUACACCAGAAAGAAGUACGAUGCAAUCAAUACAAGAACCGUUUUUUAUUAAUCAACAAGAAACCAAUUUUAAUUUAAAACAUGAUUUUAAUCAAGUAUCAACAAAUGUUGGUAAAAUUCAAAAUAUUUAUCCUACUUAUUCCCAUGUCUUAGACCCCUCAAGUUUUAAUUUAAAUUCUGUAAAUAUUCCAAACGUGUUAUAUGUAGAAAGUCCACCUUUUAUUGAAACUGGUUUCACUCAAACACACAACUCUUCGAUUGAAUAUUUAAAAAAAAAAAAACCCCACGCUCAUGACGUCAGCAUUUCAAACCCCCAACAGUUCUUAGAAAGUACCAACUUACAUAUGGUUAAUAAAAAUUCAACGUACCAAACAAACCAAAUUGCAUCAACAACUACAUCGACAUCUACUUCAUCAAGUGGCAAGUCCCAGGUCCGGUCACCAGAAUUGGCUAGAAGUAUGGGGUUACUACAAGAAACGUGUCAGCAGCAACAUGAAAAAUUGAAUAUUCUGCCUUUGAAUGCCGAAGAAUGUGUAUCAAUGAGUGGGGCUUCCAGUACAAAUAAUACAGUCAAAAUCCCUAUUGAUACAUUUUCUACUAUAAAAGCCGAUGAAAAACGAUUCUCUGCGAAAAGAAAACUUGCCGUAUCAAUUGGUGACAUACCACCGGAACAAAUAUUUUCAAAGCCUAAAAUGCGUAGGGUCGAAAGAAUAACACCUCUUUCAAACACAAAGUGUGUAAAGGAAGAAGUCACUCGAUCGCAAACAUAUCAACAAUUUAUUCGAAACAUGGAUCAUAUAAUUGAAAUAUUAGACGAAAGUGAAUCUCCUAACUUCGACACAGAGGAUGUAGACGAAACAAUUGAAUGUAUUUCUUCAAAACUUUUGAAUUCAAUGAGUACUGAUGUUGCCAAGUUAAAAGCUAAGCAAGCUUUAGACUCUAUACCAAAAAAUAAGUUAACCCUACUUAUUAAUUAUGCAAUGCGCAACGUUUACUUAGCCCGGAAUUAUUUUGCUGGAACGGAGGACGAAGAGGAAUUUGUGGAUGAUGAAAUUAUAGAAAAAUUACUUAACGCAAUGGAUGCUUGCUUGCUUAUUUGUAACAUUUACUCUACAGUAAGCGAUCUUCAGUUUUUACAAGAAGAUAACGUAUCACACAUAAUAAAAUUUACGCAAUUUCAACUGCGUGAAACCAUAUUUCCUCUUCAUGACCCGGUUUACACUGUAAAAAGUGUAAAGAGGACCAAUCAUCGUAAAAAAAUAAAAUCACAACAAGGCCAAAGUCGAAGUAUGCAGCUAUUCUACUCGAAAACUGUAGAGCUCUUAAAGGUUUUUGUAACACUUUUUGACAAAUGUGUAUUCGUCGAUACUAUAGUUUUACCAUUGUCGACGCUGGCUAUUGAACCAUUUUUUGUUGACAACAUAGAGACCUUGCAAUUUGUAUGUUUGGAACUCGUAACCACAAUUUUUCGCAAGGAAAGAUACGAUAAAAUAAGAAACAGCAUCUUGGGGGACAUAUUGACAUCUAUUGAUCGCUUACCGUCAUCAAAAAAAAACCUUCGCCCAUAUAAACUUACAAACAGUGGAGGAAAUAUUCAAAUGGUUACCGCACUUGUGUUGCAGUUAAUUCAAUGCGCAACAAUAUUACCAGAUUCACUUUGUGAUAAUGGCAAAUUUAGUAACAAACCGCAAGAGGGCAAUAUUUUUGAAGAAGAAGGAAAAGGAAAAAUGCUACAGCAUAGUCAGGAUCUACUGGUUUUACAAAAGUAUGAUGUAGCUGUCAGCAUUGGUGGAAAUUUCUUAACAACUUUCCUUAAUAAAUGCAAAUCUCGGUCUAAUGAAACUGAUUUUCGACCACUUUUUGAAAAUUUUAUUCAUGAUUUACUGGCCACCGUAAACAAACCUGAAUGGCCUGCAUCUGAAUUGUUGCUUUCGCUCUUGGGAACUAUGCUGGUUCGCUACGUGUCUGAUAAGGGUAUAGAACAAAGCAUCCGCUUAGUAUCUCUGGAUUACCUGGGCAUAGUAGCAGCUCGAUUGCGAAAAGACACAGUAGAAUCUCGAUGUAGGGUUAACAUAAUUGAUUCAAUGAUUAAAUCCAUCAAAUUAGAGCAAGAAAAGGAGGGAGAUGUACCAUCAAACAGUGAUCAAUUUGAACUAGAGCCCGAGGAGCAGCGAACAGAUUUUUUACAAAAAAUUCUUCUCGAUUUUCUAGCAGUAAAUGCUCAAGAAGAAAACUUAAUCUGGGACUAUGCUAGACAUUUUUAUUUGGCACAAUGGUAUCGGGAUGUCAUAUAUCAAAGGCGUAGGAUAAAUGAUGACAAAAAGGGUUCUUUCAGGAAGUCUAAAACUCGGAAGAAUCGGAAGACUAAUGGUGAAUAUAUGGAUACGUCGGAUUCUGGAUCGUGCGAUGAAAUCGAUACCGAUACAAAAAAAAAAGGAAUUCACUGUAUGGAGGGCAAUAAUUUUGAACUAAAUAUACAAAUUUUUAAUGCUUUAGAAGCUAGAAAGCAAUAUUUUAUCAACAAAAUUAAGCCAUUUUCAGUUUUUGGCGAACAAAACCACUCAUCUAAUCAGCACAUCAAAACAUACAUAGAUUAUAAUAACGCACAGUUAAUAGCGCAAUAUCUGGCCACCAAAAGGCCCUUCAGUCAAUCUUUUGAUGGAUGUCUAAAAAAAAUUAUUUUAGUCGUAAAUGAACCGUCGAUAGCAGUAAGAACACGCGCAAUGAAAUGUCUUGCCAACAUUGUGGAAGUUGAUCCAUUGGUCCUAAAACGAAAAGAUAUGCAAAUGGGAGUUAAUCAGAAAUUCUUAGACACGGCUAUUUCGGUACGAGAAGCUGCAGUAGAUUUGGUUGGAAAAUUUGUUCUUAGUAAUCAAGAUCUAAUCGAUCAGUAUUAUGACAUGCUGUCCACUCGUAUUUUGGAUACUGGUGUCUCCGUACGAAAAAGGGUCAUUAAAAUAUUGCGAGAUAUUUGUUUAGAAUAUCCAGAUUUUGCUAAAAUUCCCGAAAUUUGUGUUAAAAUGAUACGCCGUGUUCAUGACGAAGAAGGAAUUCAAAAACUUGUUACUGAAGUUUUUAUGAAAAUGUGGUUUACACCGUGCAUUAAAAAUGACAAAAUUGGAAUACAAAGGAAAAUAAAUCAUAUAAUAGACGUGGUAAAUACUUCACAUGAUACUGGAACUACUUGGUUGGAGGGUCUUCUAAUGAGUAUAUUUAAGCCAAGAGAUAAUAUGCUAAAGUCGGAUGGAUUCGCUCAAGAACUUAUUAAAAAGAAUACAGAGCCACCAAUGGAUAUUGUGAUAGCUUGUCAACAACUAGCUGACGGCCUAGUUGACAGACUAAUUGAGUUGGAAGAUACAGAUAACUCGCGAAUGCUGGGUUGCAUUACCACACUUCAUUUACUAGCUAAAGUGCGGCCCCAACUGCUUGUCAAGCAUGCUAUAACAAUCGAGCCAUAUCUCAAUAUAAAAUGUCAUUCUGCCACAGCCGCAAAGUUUAUAUGUGCAGUUGCAGAUAUUCUCGAAAAAGUAGUUCCCCUGGUUAAUAAUGCCAGUGAAUCCUUUUUAGCAUCGUUGGAAGAGCACUUAAUGUUAUUGGUUGUUUCGCGAAAUCAAGCCGAAGUCACUAGUUGUGUUUCUUGCUUGGGUGCACUUGUGAAUAAAAUUACACAUAACUUUAAAUUGAUCCGCGACUGUUUUCAAAAGUUUUAUCGGGUUCUCGAUGGGUCUCGAAGUCAAGUUAUACAAGGAAACAACAGUGUAAAUAAUAUUUACACUCCCAGCUUUAGGAGAAGUUUAUUUACGAUCGGAAUACUAAUGAGAUACUUUGAUUUUACGUCUCCUAUUGCGUUGGGUGAAACAAAUGAUGGACUGCCUGAUUCGAUAUGUGAGGAUGUAUUCCAUUGCUUGAUGUUCUUCUGCCGUUGUACUAAUCAAGAAAUUCGAAAGCAAGCACUUAUUUCGCUUGGAUCAUUUUGUGUACUAAACGAUGACUAUCUUACUAGACCCGAACUUAAAAAUUUGUAUUGCGAAAUACUAAGCUCAAUCUCCAACGAUGCCGGCUUUAAAAUAAUCUGCAUGCGGAAUAUUUGGAUUUAUCUAACAGAAUCUGAAAUGUUUAUGCACAAUAAGGAAAAAGAAUGGGAAAAACAAUCAAAACACGAAGACCUUAAGGAAAUGAACGACGUUUCGUCUGGCAUGGCAAGUCGAAUAAUUCAACUAUAUUUAGAAGAAAUUCUAGAAUGCUUUCUACAUCGGGAUGAUACAGUUCGUUUAUGGGCUGUUAAAGUAAUACAGAUUGUCCUUCGUCAAGGUUUGGUUCAUCCAGUUAGAAUGGUUCCGUAUUUAAUUUGUUUAAGCACAGACCAUAGGAUAGAGUCCGCCCAUCGAGCUGAUGCCCUGCUAAAAGAUAUUGAUAAAACAUACUCUGGAUUUGUUAAUAUGAAAGUUCAAUUCGGGCUACAACUUUGCUUUAAGCUACAAAAAAUUUUACAAAUUAACAACAGAGGGAAACUGGAAAUAAUUAGAGGAUAUGCGAAUCGCGGACCAGAUAACACAACUACCGCUUUAAACGACUUUCUUUAUACACUUCUUCGCACUACUAAGCCGCAAAGGCGUGCUUUGGUGCAAACAGUUACAAAACAAUUUGACGAUCAGAAAACAUCAUUACAACAAAUGUUAUAUAUUGCUGAUAACCUUGCCUAUUUUCCCUAUGUAGUUCAAGAUGAGCCUCUAUAUCUUAUCCAUCAAAUUGAUCUCUUAAUUUCAAUGGCUGGAACACAUUUACUCGCUACGUUUAAGGAACAUAUAAUACCGAGCGACAAGGAAGGAGAUGUAUUAGAAGACGAUGAUGAUGUAGAAGACCCACAGGUGUUGUUUAAUAGAUUGCCCGAAGAUAUGACGGAAAUAAUAAAAUGUAUGACAUCUGCUCAAGCAUGUAUGCUUCUUUUAAUUCUAAAAGAUCAUUUAAAGGAAAUGUAUGCUAUUACUGACAGUAAAAUUUCAAGAUAUUCACCUUCCGAACAAAAAUUAUAUGAAAAAGCUGUAACACGUAAAAGUGUUAUUGAUUUUAAUCCGAAAACGACAAUUGAUGUUAUAAAGAAACAAAUGUCACAAGAGAAAUUGAGUACGGACAUAAAUUUUACAUUUACUCAAGAAGAGAAAUUGGACCUUGUUGUUAAAUACCUUGAUUUUAAGCAAUUGAUGUUAAAACUGGAUCCGGAUGAUGGUGACUCUGAUGCUGAUGAAUCCCGCGAUAAAUCAAUUUCAAAUAUCUCUGCUUCUUCUGAUGGAGUAAGAUUCAUAAACUCAACAAAAAAUUCCCACACCGCUAGUGAUGGAUACUCAUUAACUGGCACGGAUGUGGUUGAUGUGCCAAUGUCUCAUAUUGUGAAGGCAUCCAGUUUGCCUUCAAAACCUAGUGGACGCAAAACAAAUCAGGUGCGAACUAAAAAAAAAAGAAGAAAAAUUGAUUCUACGGAUGAUGAAAUCAGUGAUGCGGAAUAAGCCUGAGCAAACCAUUAUAAUUUUCUGUAUUGAAUAAUUAAAUGUUUCUUUUCAGUGUAUAAGAAAAAUUUGAAAUACAACACCAAUAAAAUUACAUGUAUAUUACAAGACGAAAACAAUAUAAACUGCAAAUAAAAUGCAUAUAAUAAGAUAAAAAAGAAUUGCAUUAGUUUUUAACUACUUAAAGCAUAAAAUAGUUAUUCCUUCAUUAUUAUUGCCACAAAAUUUUUAUACGAGUAUAAGAAAAAAUUAAGAUAUUCUUAUUUACGAUAACAUAAAUAUAAAAAAGAUUCGCUAUAAAGGAAAUAAUGCCUUAAUAAAUCAAAAAUACGUGAAUAUUUAGCAUAUUAAAA